UGUUUCAAUUUGUUUGUCCUGCUUUUCUUUCAAAUGGCUGUGCUGUGCCUCGGUAAAAAUAACUACGACAUUAGAAUGGAAUCUUUCGUUGGACUUGAAGGCAAAGAGGAAACUUUGGUAGACUUUCGAGGGCUUAGACUAAUUGGUCGUGAACGAUUUUUAAACGGAUCGCUUUUUAUUUCUAUUGAUAUGGCCAAUGAUAUUUUAAUAUUCACAAGAUUUUUCACAUUUGAAAAUAUUGGAUGGGUUCAAUCGCUUUACUCGCUAAAUGGAGUACCCUUUUGUGAAUUUGUUGAAAACUUUCUCCUACCAUAUGCUGAUCCUGCAUAUGCAAUAACAAACUUACCGAACACUUCAUCGAGCUAUUGCCCUCUAUCCAAAGGUGAAUAUUGGAUCAUAAAUGGAAUGACCAAUACUGAUAAAUGGGUUUCGUAUAUGAAGCGUGGUCUCAUAAGGCUAACGUUGCAAUUUUUUAAGGAUGGAAAAAGUGUCGGUGGUCUCGAAAUCGUGGGAAACAUAAUUGAUCGCAUAUCUUAAGUGCAUACAAAUAUUUCUUCACGUAUCCGGCUUUUCAGGUGUAAUAAAUUAAAAAUCGACAAUGCCGUUUACCCUA